AUGGGCAGCACCAUGGAGCCCCCAGGGGGUGCGUACCUGCACUUAGGCGCUGUGACCUCGCCGGUGGGGACAGCCCGAAUGCUGCAGCUGGCCUUUGGCUGUACCACUUUCAGUCUGGUUGCUCACCGAGGUGGUUUUGGGGGUGUCCAGGGCACUUUCUGCAUGGCUGCUUGGGGCUUCUGUUUCGCCCUCUCAGUACUGGUGGUAGCCUGUGAGUUUACAAGGCUCCACAGCUGCCUGCGCCUUUCCUGGGGCAACUUCACAGCAGCCUUCGCCAUGUUGGCGACCCUGCUGUGCGCCACAGCCGCUGUCAUCUACCCUCUGUACUUCACUCGGCUGGAGUGCCCACCUGAGCCUGCCGGAUGCAUGGUCCGAAACUUCCGCCUGGCAGCCAGCGUCUUCGCAGGACUCCUCUUUCUGGCCUACGCUGCCGAAGUGGCCCUGACUCGGGCACGGCCGGGUCAGGUAGCCAGCUACAUGGCUACAGUGUCUGGCCUCCUCAAGAUCGUCCAGGCCUUUGUGGCCUGCAUCAUAUUUGGAGCACUGGUCCAUGAGAGCCGCUACGGGCGCUACGUGGCCACACAGUGGUGUGUGGCGGUCUACAGCCUGUGCUUCAUGGCCACGGUGGGCGUGGUGGUCCUAAGCGUGAUGGGACACACGGGGGGCCUGGGAUGCCCGUUUGACCGCCUAGUGGUAGUGUAUACCUUCCUGGCUGUGCUCCUAUACCUCAGUGCUGCAGUCAUCUGGCCAGUCUUCUGUUUCGACCCCAAGUACGGGGAGCCAGGGCGGCCCUCAGACUGCCUCCGAGGCAGCUGCCCCUGGGACAGCCAGUUGGUGGUAGCUAUUUUCACCUAUGUCAACCUGCUCCUUUACAUCGCUGAUCUCGCCUACUCCCAGAGGAUCCGCUUCGUGCCCACCCUGUAGCCUGGCCAGUGAGGGCCCACCCAUCUCCUCUGGCUGAGUGCCCUACAGCUGACCAAGGUGAACUAAGACUUAGGGAAGCAAGCGGGAGGUGGGGCAGGGAGGCUCAGACCAUUCUGCUCUUGGGGGUGUCUAGCACACUAAGGGAGGCAAAGAGGAAGGACCGAGGGGCAGGAGGCCCUGAACGAGGAAGAGGGUGGCUAAUGACUCUCAGUCCUCCUGUCUCCCUGUUGCUCAGUCUCCCGGCCAUCGUUGAAGUCAACGCUAGUCACUGUACCAAAUGAGGACUUUUUGUAGCAGAUGCCAUUGUAAUCCAUUUUGCAGAUGGGAACAUUAAAGCUAAAUGAACUUCUGAGGUGGGCCAGUCUUGAGAUAGCAUUUAGCUGGGGUCAUAUAAGUUAGAAAUCGGGCCACUUCCUGAGGUUGAAAUGUGUGGGGAGCGAGGCCGGUGGAAGGGAUGCCGGAGCUGGAAGCUCCUCCUUGCCUGAACCCACAGAAGAGUCUCUUUGGGGAGGGUUGUGAUCGCUUGUUGAGGAAGCUGGCAGCUAGCAUGGGUCUCACCUGUGUCUAGGCAUAUCCCAGUGGCCACAGCCAUUUGAAACAGAGAAAGGACUGUGUUGUGGUUCCCAGGUAGCCAGAUGUCAAAGGUCAGCACCAGAAUCACGGUGGAAAGAAGAUGA